AUGGAAGUGGAAAGCAAUUGGACACUGGUUACUGAGUUUGUCUUGGUUGGGUUUACAACAGACCCAUUUCUACGCAUAAUUUUCUUUGUGCUGUUCUUGGCUUCCUACAUCCUAACAUUGACUGGGAACCUGGGCCUCAUGUCCCUGAUCUACCUGGACUCCCGCUUGCACACACCCAUGUACUUCUUUGUGGGCAGCCUUUCCUUCCUGGAUAUUUGGUACUCCUCGGUCUACACUCCUCGGAUCUUGUCUGACUGUGUGUCCAAGAACAAUCACAUGACCAUUGCUGGUUGCACAGCCCAGUUCUUCUUCUCUGCUGGAUUAACCUUCACUGAAUGUUUCUUACUGGCCUCCAUGGCCUAUGACCGCUUUGUGGCCAUCUGCAACCCACUUCUUUAUGCCACUGCCAUGCCCAAGAAGCUCUGCAUCCAGCUGGUGGUGGGAUCUUAUGUAGUGGGAUUUGCCAAUUCAAUUGCACACACUGGUAACACCUUCCGUCUACACUUUUGUGGUAAUAAUAUCAUAAACCACUACUUUUGUGAUGUACUACCACUUGUGAAGAUGGCCUGUGAUGACACACAAGUACACGAACUCAUCCUGAAAGCUACCAUUGGUUGUAAUUUGCUAGUAACCACAGCUAUCAUUGUGAGUUCCUACAUUGGUAUUGGGGCAGCCAUAGUCCACAUUCGCUCAGCCACAGGGAGACGCAAAGCCUUCUUCACUUGUUCGGCCCACCUGGUCUCAGUCACCCUUUUUUAUGGCUCCAUUCUCAUCAUGUACUCCAGGGCCAACUCUCAACACACUCCAAGUUCAGACAAGGCAAAUGCCUUGUUCUAUACAGUAGUCAACCCUCUGGUCAAUCCUUUGAUUUACAGUUUACGCAAUAAAGAUGUGAAGGCAGCCUUCAAGAAAGUCUGGGGAAAAUUUCUAGCACAGAAAAGAAUGGCAUUGAUAUAUUCUUUACUCAAAUUAGAUUGCAGAUGCAAAAAUUAA